GCGUGUGUGAGGCAGCCUGUGCGGAAGCUUAUAGUCAACAAUAAAGCACUGAAUUAUAAAUGUCCAGUUAAUGCUUAGGAGAGAGAGAGAACAGACAUCCAUCUGGCCCAGUUACAGGAUGCAUGUGUGUCCAUAUGUUGUCUCUGGGUUACAAAACCAUUCAUUGUUUGCACAAUUAUAAGCAUUAAUCUAAAUCAUUUUAAGGCAAACACGCCCGCUGUGUCAACUGUGGACACAUGCACAUAAUUUAUACAGCUAUGUGUGUGUGUGAGAGAGAGAGAAAUUAGAUGUGUAUUAGUCACAGUGUGGGGACAACAAUUGUUUACAGUCAGAUUGUGGGGACAAAAUGCAAGUCAGCACAAAGUAAAUCAUUGGGUGGAGACUUUAAGAUUAGGUUGCAGGAAAUCAAUGUAUAGCCUAUCUAUGAUACUUAUAUGUGUCCUAAUAUAUACACUAUAUGGACAAAUGUAUUGGGUCACCUGACCUGACCAAGGGGCUGAGCCCAACCCCUGAAAAAGAGCCCCAUGAAGAGCCUGUCUGGAUACUUUCGUCUAUAUAGUGUAUCUGUCCCCAGAAGUUAUGAAAACAUGGUGUGUGUGUGCGUGUGUGUGUGUGUGGCAAUACAUAAUUCAUAGCAUAUAUACAUCAGUGUUUAACCAAGUGAAGCCUGCAUAGUGCUGAGGUUUGCAAAUAUGCUGCACUGUGUGACACAUGCAAACACACAAUAAAUACUCACGCACACACAGUGAGUACACACCAACACUGACCUGAGGUUGGCCCGCUGUGCAUGCAUGAAUGCAUGAUUCACAUGAAAUGAAUAUGUUAUACCACAAGUGUGUAUAUUCUGGUUAUGUGUGUUUUCGUGGUUUCAUAUCGUACAUGCAUUAUACAGUACAUUAUCUAUAAAUAAACCCCGGCUGUGGAGGUUUGUCUGGUGCGCGCACACACACACACACACACACACACACACACACAAGGACAUGACACACAGUCCUGCCAUGAAAAGAAAGAGGAAGAGUAAGCAUGGAUGUAAACAAUACAAGAUAUAAAAUGUAAUAAAAGCGGCUCUGCAAAUGUUUUGUGAGCGACCUUGAAGGGAAACCUGACACCUGGAAAACAACCUGAGAGGUUGACCUAAAUCGAGCACAACAGGAUGCCACAGUCCGAUAAGACGAGCAACAUAUGCUGCAACAACAGCGCAGCACAUCGCGAUGCGAGCUGUGGUUUCGUCGUGUUAUUGACUGUAAAGGCAGCAGGGGGGAGAUGCUGAUCUCCUCUCUGUCGUCUGCAGCAGGACAGCAAGACAUUUGUUGUUAUUGACUCGUGUUGGUUGAUUUCCGCUUUGUUUUGACUGUGUUUACAUCCACAUUAGAUGAACAGUGUAUGGAAACCUGUGGCUCUUUCCGUACGUGAAUGCAGAUUUUAGAGGACCUACAGUUACGUGUUGUUUGGUCCUUUUGCAUCCUUCUGAAGCCUCUGAGCCAGAGACCUCAGACGGGACUCUCCUGCUUCCUGCUUGUCUCAGGGUCUUUUUCACCUGGGCUGAGGUCAUGUGACUGUCUUGGACCAGAUAAGUCCGAUAGAUAGUUGCUCCGUGUGAAUGUUCAGGGAGGAGACUGAAACAGUGACCCAGACUUUCAAAAUAAAAGCAUGACUUAAAAACGAUGAUGCAGAUCGAUGUUUUCACCUGGCAUCGAUCGUAUCGUGCAUUAAGAGUGCAACAAGUUCCACACUAACCCCCUGUUUGUGGACGUGUCUCUGUCCAUACACAAUGCAUUUUGGGGUUUUGUUUUGUCAGUCAUGAAGUUUGGGGUCGGCUGGAAAUUUUCGCUCUUGUUCAGAGUCUCUGGCAUUUGUGAUUUGUCCAUGCAUUUGUUUGUUUGUUGAAUAUACAGCAGUUUAAGAAUAAACAAACACGCAUUAUGUGCACUUAAUACACACACGCGCACACACAUAUCAGACUCACUUUGUCAGAGUUCUCAAAAUCCCCGCAACAUGCGUGAUUUGUGUUCUUCCUGUAUGUGUUGUGUGUUUGUACACAGUAAAAAGAGAGAAUGUGUGUGCAUGCAUGUCCUUGCAAAAGUGCCGCAUGUGUUGGCCCUCACAUCCCCCCCAGCCGUGGCCCCUCCUUCUAUUUCUGGCUCUGCGUCACGCCUGGGCUUUACUCCUGUGGCAAGAGGAGUGUUUCUCUAGGGCUCCCACUCGGCUACACACACACACACGCACACACACACAGAGACACACAUACACCUUCCGACAGACUCACUCACACACACACACACACACACACACAGGCCUGCCCAGUGAACGAGUGAGCGCGCUCAGAUGUAAACACACAGAGUGACGGACGGACAGAGGAGCGGACGGAUGGAUGGAUGAAUGGGCGUCUGCUGACCAGCUGGACAUUAUGGGAAUUUAAACUUGAGAGCGUGUGUGUGUGUGCAUGCGUGUGCGUGUGUGUGUGUGUGUGUGACAGUGAGAGAGACAGAGAGAGAGAGAAAGUGUGUGUGAGAGGGUAGGCCGGUCGGUCGGUGUGUCUGUUACCGUGGCGAUGGAAGGAGGGAGUGUGAACACAGAGGAGGAAUGCUGUCGGUAAUAGAGAGGGAGAGCUGGCCAGGGUGGCCCCGUGAGCAGCACUUUCUGUCAGGACUCCUGCUGAAGCCACACUGAGCACGUGCAGACCAACAGGUCUUCUGUUGAGAAAACUGGAUGACUUUUGAAGACACAGAACGAGGAUCUACAUGCACUUUCCCCUAAAGAAAAAUCACUCAAGGAUUCUUCUGCCUUUAGAUGAACUGGACAGAAAAACAACGCUCAGUGACAUUAGUGUGUUUACAAAAUGGCAAAAGGAGAAAAACAUUUCUGAUGUUAUCCACUAAAGCUCCCCUUUUAUUUCCACCUCCUAAUUCCUGUUUCCAGCCUGGAUUUACAAUCUAUUUAAGCAAUGGACGGGUACUUCCUGUUUCUGUGAACUUGUUGGCAGCCCUUAAAGGUUCAGCUAUCAUGCCUGGUAGUUUUGGGACCUUGUAAUCCUCCAGAGUCUACCCUGCGAACUCCCCCGUCAUCCCCUCUCUCCUCCCUCUUCUAACCCACAGAAGAAAAUGGAGGGUCGUGAAUCAGCUGCCGCUGGGCAGAAAUGCUCUAAUAAGGACCCAGGGAAGGAGAAGACGCCUCUGCAAAGAAAGUGGGCGUCUGAGCCCUCUGCAACCACCAAACGAAGCACUUUUGCUGAUCCAGAGGCAAAACACCGUGAGAGUUUGCCAUGUGGUGCCACUGGGGGAUCAGCACCCCAGCAGAAGUACGCAUUUACAGGGAAUUCUGGAAAGCUGCUAUCUGGACCCUCUGCAGCUGGGGCCAUAGGAGGUCCACCAUCUCAAGACCCCCAAGGGCCCUUUUCGCAGGGGUUCCCGAGGGGAUAUCCCUACCAGCUGGGCCAGCCUUACCCUCAGCACCCCCAAACUGAGCGCUUCCUCUCAGGAGCCAAACCUCAACCAGGACUAGAGCCUCAUGCCUGGCCAUUUGCUGGCCAGUUACCGUCUGAUGACCUGUACCCUGUAGGACAUCCGGGACACACUCACCCCCACGGAGCUGGGGCGGGCAGGUUUCCCCGCCAGAAAUCUCCCAGUUUACCCAGCUCCUUCGGACAGUAUUCUCAGUCAGGCCCUGAGCCUGGAGAGGAGGGCUACAGCAAAAAAGAGCAGAAGCCAAAAAAGCCUGGAAAGUACAUCUGUCACUACUGUGGCAGAGCUUGCGCCAAGCCCAGUGUCCUGAAGAAGCACAUCCGCUCACAUACUGGAGAGAGGCCAUAUCCUUGUGUACCCUGUGGUUUUUCUUUCAAAACCAAGAGCAACCUUUAUAAGCAUCGCAAGUCCCAUGCUCAUGCCAUCAAGGCUGGGCUCGUACCAUUUUCAGAGCUAGCUGUGGCCCGCAGCGGAGACAUGGACCAGGCAUCCCCAGUGGGCGAGACUGAGGUCCAUUCAGAUGGAGACCAGAGUACCGACACAGAUGAGGAAGGUGUGGAGGGAUCCACCAUGUUGACGGACAAAGACAGCCCCAUUCCACAGAUCUCAUUUGAAGCUGACAAGAAUACAGGUGGUGUGGAACCAGCAUAUGCAGACUCAGCAGAAGAGCUGCCAGCAGGGUCCAUGAAAGUGCCUAUCCUUAUUGUCCCUAAGCCUGGGGGAGUCCCCUCCACAGGGAUGGAGUGCCCACCCUUUCAGGACAUAAAGGGGUCACACCACAUGUUGGCAUCACAGGCUGGUGGCAGAGCGCAUUCACUGGAUGACUCCCCCACCAUCAAGCAACGACUGGCCCUGAGGCUGAAUGAGAAAAAAGGCCAGGACUCUGACUCCUUGUCCCAGUCCCUGAACCUCCUUAGUCCUCACAGCAAAGGCAGCACAGACUCUGGCUACUUUUCACGCUCUGAGAGUGCAGAGCAGCAGAUCAGCCCUCCAAAUACUAAUGUGAAGACAUACGAAGAGAUUAUGUUUGGUCGGACUUGGUACUACCGACCCAACUCCAGAUCUAGACAGUCUAUCACAGUGGCCAUGGCAGGUGCAGACCCCAGUAGCCUGGCUAGCUUAAAGCAACCGGGUGCUAUUCUGGACAUGGGGAAGAUAGCUGAAGAUCAUAUCUGUUUCAGAGGAGACGUAGGAGUCUCUGGAGAUCCCAAGCAGUAUCCAACAGGACCCUGUCAAAGCAGCACAGGUCUUCUGGAGCCUCCGUCAGAUUCUGGGCCACUUAUUAGAAGCAACUCCAUGCCAACUUCCUCCCCUCCUAACCUUAGUGUCCCUCCAGGGAUUCGAGGCAGCCACUCCUUCGAUGAGAUGAUGACAUCAGAUGAUGUGUUUUACCCACCUCGCAGACUCAGAAGACAGGCUGCAUUUGAACAUUCAGCCAAUGAAGCCCAUGCAGGAGAGGCUGAGGGCUAUGUUCACAUGCCCAAGACUGUAGCCUCAUCUCUGGGUAUGAAGAUCAAUGAGCGCAGCCCAGGAAUCCCAGAGCACAUCGCCUACAGUCCGUAUGGUACUAAAGUUAGCAUGUCAGAAAUAGCCACAAGAAAAAGGAGGAAAGAGAAAAGUGUUGGGGAUGAAGAGGACAGUCCUGGGCACUGCGACAGUAGCUGUAGUGGUUCAGUGGAGAUGAUUGGUGACUAUGAGUUUAAACAGGGUAGCCUUGAUGGAUCGAGAGCCACCCCAACAGGGAAAGGCUCUCUUCACAGCGCUCAUAGCCAGUCUGACAGCUUUGAUACCUGUGCCAGCAUGUGCUCUGAGGACAUUGCACUUUUUCCUGACUCUGACUGCAGGAAGGCAGCUGGGAAUGUCAUAUCAGUCAUCCAGCACACCAACUCCCUCAGCCGGCCAAGUUCCUUUGAGAAGUCAGAGUCCUUUGAGCAGCCAGGAUAUCAACCUUCAGAUAAAGCUCCAUCUAGCCAGUACUCUGAACAGUCUGACACCGAAAUCUUUGAAGAUGCUCUGAGUCCUGAAUCUGCCCUGCUUAGGACAGAGAGCAUGGAGCAGCAGCUGCAAAGUGACAGUGACCUGGCCUCCCUCUCAUCUUCAUCAGCUGCAGCGUCACCUGGUCAGCCUUAUCACAUCCCACACAAACUCGUUCGCCAGCCCAACAUUCAAGUCCCUGAGAUCAGGGUGACAGAGGAGCCAGACAAGCCUGAGAAAGAUACAGAAGCUCCAAUGACCAAGGAGUUGGAGAAGCAGCAGCAGCAGCAUGUGGAGGAGUUCCAGCUGCCGCAGAGGAGUGACACGCUCUCCCAGAUGCCAUCGGAAAAGCUCCCACCCAAGAAGAAGAGGUUGCGUCUGACAGACAUGGAGCACUCCUCAGGGGAAUCGAGCUUUGAGUCGACCUGCACCAGCCUUUCUCGCAGCCCCAGUCAAGAGAGCAACCUGUCCCACUCCUCCUCCUUCUCCAUGUCCUUUGACAGAGAUGAAGGCCUCAAGUCUGUCUCACCUACCAAACAGGAUGACUCGUUGGCAUCUUGUGGUGGACCUAAGCAGUCAGAGUUCCUGACGGUGCCUGGCAGUGGUCACUCCAGCCACCACCAGCAGAGGGAGAUGAGGAGGUCUUCUUCCGAACAGGCACCAUGCACACUGCCCACAGAGUUGCCUGAAAUGCGAAGCAAAUCCUUUGACUAUGGAAGUUUGUCCUCCUCCAGACAGGGAGAGAUAUACUCUAGUGCUUCUGCAAUGAAGGAACGCCGGCGUGGAUAUCUUGUCCGACAGGCUUCACUGAGUGUUUAUCCAGAGGCAGUCAGCCAAGAGCUAGGGGUUUCCGAGAUUAAACAGGAGAGUCUGGAACAUGGGGUAUGGCCUGGCUCAACAGGAUCCCCCCACAGCAGUAGUGAUCUAACAUGCAGAACCAAGAGAGUUGGCAGUAGUGUUGGUGGUGCAGGAUCUCACCAACACCAACAGCACCACCAGCAUCUCCUCCAGCAGAGUAUUAGUGAGGAUAGCCUGCAGGAUGAACCUCUCUAUGGCAGGUCCCAGCAACAUCGGCUGCAGGCCCAGAGCUCAUCAUCUGAGGGAGAGCAUCCAGGUCAUGAGAUUAUGAACAAGGACGUUAUCCAGCAGUACCAGAGCGGCCCGCCCUUUGUUUCCUUCCAGCAACCAGGUCUGUUCUGGAGUCAAGAAACUGGUCAGACACCCAGGCAGCAAAUGACCCUCCAGGCCCAGCAGCAACUCCAAAAACUCCACAUUAGAUCACCAGGCAAUCUGCCCGGACACCCACUCCAUAAACAACAACCGCUCCACUCCAUGCAACAAAUCCAUGAUCAACAGCCACAUGAUGGAAAAUCAGAGAAUCCAAGCUCUCAGAUAUACCCUGCCUCUUUCUCAUCUCGCAACUCUCCACUGUCUCAGCAACAACAGCAAAACUUUGCUUCUCUCUCCUCCAAGCACUCUCUUCCCAGCUCCACCACCACCCCUAUGCUUCUGCAGCAGAUCCAACCUGUCUUUGCCACUCAGAACCUGGGCUCCCAGGCUUCUAUGCCUGGUAUGUUGGUUCCCGUACGGAUCCAAACACAUGUGCCAUCGUUUGGUAGUGUUAUGUACACCAGUGUUAGCCAGCUGAGAGCCACCCAUGGCAGUGGGACACAAGGAGUAGGCACAGCCAGGCAAGGUGUUGUGGACAACAUUAGCCUUUCUCCCCCAGUUGCUGUUGUGAGUGCCAACAAACCACUUGGGGGAAUGGGAGGAGGCAUUAGUGGGACAGGUUUCAACCUAUCACACUUCCUGGGACAGACUGAUGGGGCAGUGCUGCGCUACCCACUUUGGAAGAUUCCAGAUUCACUGCCAGAGCAACGGCUGAACACAGGGAUCCCACUGUCACUAACGUCAGGCACCAUAUCCACCACAGACGCCUCAGGGUCUGGCAUUGGAGGCAGUAAGCGCAUGCUUUCCCCCGCCAGCUCUCUGGAGCUCUUCAUCGAGACGAAGCAGCAGAAAAGAGUGAAGGAGGAGAGGAUGUAUGGACAGAUUGUUAAGGAGAUGAGCGCAGUGGAGUUGAGUGGCAGUGAAAGGAGUAGCAAGCUCGAGAAAGUGCAGGGCAGUGGUCAGCGAGUACGUCUGAAGAGCGAAGACUCUAUGGAUGAUUCUGAAAGGAUGUCCUCUUCUCCUCCACUGAGCGACUUUCCUGUUGCCACCAAGAUUGCCAUUCCUGUUCGUUCCUCUGCUCCCCACCUCCCUGAUGUACCCCGAGUUGAAAGCUUCACUCCUCCCCUCCAGAUCGUCACAGACCGUUCCCCAGUUUCAGGUGGCCGGGACUCUCCAGAGGAGCUUCAUGUGGACGAGUUGGUCCCAGAGCCCAGCUCCAGCCCCCAGUCCAUGGUGUCCUCCAAUGAUGCAGAAGACAGUGACAGCAAACAGCAGGCCACACCCAAUAAAAUCCCUGUAAGCAUGCUGGUUCAGCUUGCUGCUAACCAAAGCUCAGGAUUAUCCGGAGCAGUGGGUCAGACUCUGUUACUCACGGAUGUGGCUGACGUCCAGCAGCUUUUCCAGUUUCCUAGCCUUCGCACCACCAGCCGAGUCAGCUGGUGUUUCCUGAACUACACCAAACCCAACAGCACUCAGGCUGCCUUGCAUGGCUCUGUGUACAAUUCAUGGUGUGUAAGCUCAUACAACCCCAAUCCUCUGAACCUCAGCACCAAGGCUGCGCUGGCCCUGCUCAGGUCCAAGCAGAGGAGAAACACUGAUCUGAUGUACACAUCUGCAGCCAUGUCGCCACCCAGCUCAGGAAAACUGGUGUCAUCGGUGGCCUGGAAGCUGAGGUUUGAUCAGCUGAAGCCAGAGUUGAUGCCAAUUGAUGUCAGUCAUUUUGGGAGGAAGAUGAAGGGGGUGGUGUCAUGGGACCGUUCGAAAGAGGAGCAGGUGGAGAAGGAAGUGUCAGUCAAACAGCCCACCACCGAACCAACCCGCAUUAAGAUCUUCGAAGGCGGGUACAAAUCCAACGAGGACUACGUUUACGUUCGAGGUCGCGGUCGGGGGAAGUACAUCUGUGAGGAGUGCGGCAUCCGCUGUAAGAAACCCAGCAUGCUGAAGAAACACAUCCGAACGCACACCGACGUCCGGCCGUACGUCUGCAAGUUCUGCAACUUCGCCUUCAAGACCAAAGGAAACCUGACGAAGCACAUGAAGUCUAAGGCUCACAUGAAAAAGUGUCUGGAGUUGGGAGUUUCCAUGUCUUCUGUUGAGGACAACGAGGCAGAUGAAGGAGACAUCGGAGAGGAAGGUCAGAGGUCUGAAAAGCCUUCCAGAGGCGCCAUGACGGAUCACCAGUUCUCAGAUGCUGACGACUCAGAAGGCGGAGAGGAAGACGGCGACGAGGUGGAUGAUGAAGAUGACGAGGAGGACGACUACGAUGGCGACUCCACCCCUAAGACCCGUUCUCGCUCCACCAGCCCCCAGCCUUACGGCCUGCCCUCCAUGUCCAUCACAGCUGUGGCCUCCUCCCAGCCUGCUCCUCACCCCUCUCAUCAUUCAGCAUCCGAUCUCCUGGGAAACACCAACAAGCCUCCUCUCUUUGGUUACUUCACCACCGUGCCGAGCAUCCAGAUCACACCGCAGGCUCCGCCCAGCGACCUGGCGGCGAGGGAGCGCAGUCAGGCGGAGCACCAGCGAGCUCCUCAGCGGCCACUGGGCAGCAGGCUGCUGGUUCCUCCCUCCUCCUCCAUGGACGAGGACCUUCCUGUCCCCUCCCCAGACCUCUCCUCCUCCUCAUCCCGCCUGUCCUCUCCCGGGCUGGACUAUUCCAGCUGCCCAUCCCCCAUCUCGCCCUCAUCCUCACCUUCAUCCCACCGAUACCUCUCCCCUCGUCGCGAUCUCUCGCCCCACGCCGGACACCUCUCUCCCCAGCGGGACAUCUCCCCUCUGCGUCACAUCUCCCCCAAAAGGGACCUGGGGGUGGCAGGGGGAUACCGGCGAGACCUGUCCCCCAGGAGGGGACACCUCUCUCUGCUGUCCCCGCUCUCUCGACCCACAUCUCCCGCUGGAAGGGACUAUAAGCGUGACCUUUCCCCACGAGGCCGCCACAGGGGGAUGCUCCGGCCUGUUUCCCCUCGCCGAGGGCUCCACCAGCACCUUCACCACCAAAGCCAGCAGGGUGGAUCGCGCAGCCUCAGGCCAGCUCACCAGACUGGGGUGUUGGGUCAGGCAGAGCUGGACCAUCUGGGACGUCGCAGAGACAGCACAGAGAUGGAGACGGAGCAUCGUCCGGGCUCCCCGUCGUCAGGGAAACGCGACCAGGGUGGUGGCCGCGGUAACCAGUCCAGCCCUCCCCAUCAAGUCCUGUUCAGUCACCUUCCUCUCCAUUCGCAGCUCCAGGUGCGUUCACCGUUCCCAAUGAUCCCCAUCGGGGGGAUCCAGAUGGUACACUCCGUCCCCACGUCGGUCACCACCCCGCUGGCCCAGCAGGGGGCGCAGAAGGUCGCAUCCCGCCUGGUGCUGCAGAAGAGCACGUCGGAGGACUCCACCACCGGCGAGGCGGCCUCCCUUCACUUCACCUCCUCCACCGAGAGGGGAGUCCGAGGAGGAGGAGCGGGAGGAGGUGAGAGUCUGCGGGAGUCGACUUCACCUCACCCUUCAUCACAUGAGAGAGAAGGAGGAGUGAGGCUGGAGCAGGAGGAGAGCAUCCACACCUGCACCAGGGCCAUCGCCUCGCUCUGCAUCGACUCGGAGGAGCUCGCCGAAAGAGGAGGAGGAGGAGGAGGAGGAGGAGGCAGAGGGGAUUAUGGGAGAGAGGGAGGCAGAGCUUCUUCCUCCUCUUCCUCUCCUGCCGCGUUGUCCCCCGACUGCCAACAACAGCAGCGUUCGCCAUCCAUCGCCAUGUUGCCACCAUCUCCUCAUCCUUCGCCAUCUCCUCCACAAGGUCCCGGGAUUCAGCACUUUAGCAGCCUGGAGCUCAGGCCCCCCUACCCAUCAGUCCCCACCUCCCCUCACCCCUCCUCCUCCUCCUCCUCCUCCCCCUCUCCUCACCCUCCCAGCCCGGGAUCCGAAAGCCUCCAGCCUUCAACAGCGUCCAAACCUCUCAGGCUGGAGAGGGACAGGGAGGAGGAAAGCACAAAAAGAAGCAAAGACGUGUCGUAGGGCUGCGGACGAAAAGCGGCGACGAGAGACGAGACUUUUCCUCUUUUACUUUUUUGCUGAUGUCGUUUUUGGAUAAAAGGAAGGGAUGAAGUGCAACAGAGAGAGAAAAAUGACUUUUGCACACUUAACACACACACAUAUUCUCCUACUUUGUUUUAUACACACACACUCUCUCUCUCUCACACACACACACACACACACACAUUAAUACAAUGCAUUCAAAGGAAAACAGCUCUUGUCAAAAACAGACUAAAACACAAAUGAACUUGUGCAGUUUUGAUGUUUGUGUACAGCAUGCCUGAUGUGAGCGGGCUCUGCUCGCAGAGACUUUCUUAUUUAAAGACUUUAAAGAGGAUCUGCAAACGGUUACACGUGUACGUUAACUCCCACCAACACACGAGCCCGACCAAAACCUGCUAAAAGACAUCAGUAAACGAAAGGGACUGUGGUUAAACGGUACGUCAAAAAGAAAAAAAUCUGACAGCUAUGUGUGUGCCUUUUCUUUCAUCUUUUUGUUUGUGUUUUUGCUUAUAUUCUUAUAAGCAGGAAGGUAAAUGUAAAUACAAUAUUAUCACGUUUUGCGUAUCAGCUUUGUAAUAAAUGCAACCCCCUUGCUCCUCCUCCUCCUCCUCCCUCCUUCCUUAACCAUUUCCUGUGUUUUGUUUUGUUUUUCUUUUUUUUAAAGUCAAGCGAUGUGAAGUUAUAGAUAUUACAAUUACGUACGGUUGCACUAAAACAUAUUUUUAUAUGAGUGAAAUUUUAAAAAUGGCUUUUUUGUGUACAGCAGCGAUUCUAUAAUACUAUUUAUUAUUGUUACCAUGUUUCAUAAAUUGUACAUUUUUUCUUAAUUGUCGUGGAUGCCUUUUUCUAUGUAAAGCAUGGGUUUUUGCUAUCGCUUACAUUAGGGCGAGAACAUGUACACUGUAAUAUGGCUUUAUAUGUUAGACCUAUUUAUAUACGUCUGAGUGAGCCCCCUCAGCUUGGAGGUAUAUACACAUACAAGUAAGAUUUACCAGAAUAUUUACCCACAUAUGAAUACAUACAGUAUAUAGGAUCUAUCAACUGUCUAUCUAUCUAUCUGCACUUAACUUUUAGAAUGACAUUCACAUUAAGCUUAUCGUAGUUUGCUUGUACAUUUCCCUGCUGCUCUUCCCUCAUUGUGAUUUUUCUUGUUUUUUCUUCCUUUUGUUUUACUUACUCUCAUGGAAUUCUUCUUCUUCUUCUUCUUCUUCUUCUUCCUCCUCUUCCUCUCCUUCUUUGUCGUUUUGGUUUUUAUGAGGCACAGAUUUGCCCUCAGCAUUAAGUGAAUGAACAUGCCUUCUUGCACCGUGGCAUUCAGCAGUUUGUUUUCUAACCCCAAACCCCCACCCACCCCUCCACCCUGACCCCACCCUGCCAGCACCGCCGCCUCUGUCGGAGACAAAUGUCGAUGUUGCGCUGAUUAAAGGUAGCUCCACGUUCUGACAAGCAAACUUUGCUCGAGUGAAUAUUUGAAAGCGGGAAACAUUCCAGUCCAUGUAAAUACUCGUUCAGCUCCCCUAAACACACACGUACGUUUUUAUUUUUAUUUUUGGCAUUGAUGCACAUUGUGGCCAUGGCAAUCAACCCACUGAAACUCUCCUUUAACGGAUUUCUUUCUGAGGACGCGAACGCAAACACACACACACCAAACUCUGACAAAUGCACCUUAUAUUUCUUAGGAUCCUUGCUGUCAAAGGCCCAGCACUCGGGUCAGUUUAUCUGCAGUAAACUUUGAUUGAGAGGAAAGUGUUUAGGUGGAGAAGUGCUCCGCGCUUUGAGCCCCAAAGUUGUCUGACGAAAAUAAUCCUAAUAAUACGUGGAACAGUUGUGACACCGAGGCCUCCUGCACAGCGUUUUCCGCCCUUCUGCGAUUCCCUUCUUCUCUGCUGGGUGUCCUUUGUGUAGCUAAGCAAUAUUCAGCCAAAACUCUGCCCACCGGCAGGGAGAGUAUUUGUUGCAAGGCAACAAUGAGCGUACUUUAAAAGUCCUAAAAUCAGGAGAAGAAGGGAGCAGACGGGAGGCUGUGGUGAGUUCACUGACACAACUCUUUUCUCUUUUGACAGUUUUGGGUGGAGUCGGGCAGGUUGCAAUGUGAGUGUGUAUUUCUGUAUUCUGUAUCGGUGUGUAUUCGACCAGUAUAUCCUCUUCUCACCACUUUUUUCUAUUUCAGCCCUCCCUCUGUUAUGUACACUUAUCAUGACGACAAUGAUGUCUUUAAAAAAAUCUCUUUCUCUCUUUCAAAGAUAUCAAAGCACAAGUCAUUGUUUAGAAAUGACAACGAUACAAAAAAAAGGACAAAAAAAAGGUAAACGUGCAUAUAAAAGGGUAACUUUUGUGAUGGUGUUCUGUGGAAUUAAUACAAAUAUCAUGUAUGAACCCAGUUGCAACAAGGAAUCGCAGUAGAAGUGGAAAAAAUGGAUUGUUGUUUUCAAAUAAAUAUGAAUAGAAUAA